AUGGAGUUGUGCUGUUUUCAUUUGGGAGGCUGGGAGGCGUGUUUGCUGCUAGUCCUCGCUGUUUGUUUACUUUUGUACAUAUAUGGCAAACAACCCUAUGGCUUGUGGGAGAGGCUCGGUGUACCAGGUCCCAAACCGUCAAUCUUUCUUGGAAAUAUUCCAGAUUUGUAUGGUUCCCAAACGGCCAAGGUGACUUAUGCCAACUGGCAAGCCAAAUAUGGACGGACCUAUGGGGCUUAUUACUUUCGUAAACCAGCGCUUGUCACAACCGAUCCAGAACUCAUCAAACAGGUGCUGAUCAAAGACUUCGCCAACUUCAGGGAUAGGUUUUCUCAGGAUGAUGAUGCUAUGAUCAAUAAUCAAGUUGAUACUGGAAUAUUUUUUACCAAAGGUGAAACAUGGAAAAGAAUUCGGGCACUGUUCUCUCCAUCGUUCAGUAUCACAAAGAUCAAGGCAAUGACUAAUGUUAUCAACAACAGUGCUAAACGAUUGGGCCAGCAUGUGUUAGAAAGUGCCAAGAAAGGAGUUCCUUUGGAUGCGAAGCUUCUUUUUGGUGCCUUUGCAAUGGACGUGGUUACAAGCACAGGUUUCAGCAUCGAUGUGGAUUCCCUGAAAAAUCUGGACGAGCCGUUCACAAAACAUGGCAGAAGUUUAUUUAUCUACAAGAAAUCAAUCAAGCUUGUAUCCCUUCUAGGAUGCUCAUUUCCAAUGAUUGCUCGUCCCGUUGCUAGAAUUUUAAACAGUGGGUUUUUUAAGACAGAAGACAUGGAAUUUUUCAACGCAAGCAUCAGAAGAAUGAUAGACGACAGGAGAAGUGAACCUGAUAACGUUAAACGAGUUGAUUUUCUACAGCUUCUCAUUGAUGUCAUGGAUCGCAACCCAGAAGAUGCCCAAACAUCUGGACAACUAAAGAAGGAGGAGGUUGUUGCUCAGGGCAUCAUGCUAUUUAUAGCUGGAUAUGAGACAGCUUCGAGCACUCUACAGUUUCUCUGUUAUGAACUGACCAGGCACCCAGAAAUACAAGACAAGCUGGUGGCAGAAAUUGGUAAAGUCAUUGGAGAUCAGGAACCCAGUUACGAUGCAUGUUUAAAUCUGAAAUAUACUGACGCGGUAAUCAAUGAAACAUUGAGAAUGUACCCCCCUCUGUCCGUUCUUACUCGAGAAAAUGAAAAAGCUACAACACUUAAUGGAAUCAGUCUGCCACCAAGAACUGGGAUUGCAUUCCCACUGUACCUCCUUGGGCGAGAUCCAGAAUUUUGGGAAAACCCUGAUGACUUUAACCCAGAUAGAUUCAUUGAAGAGAACGAUACUCCACACAUUGACCCUUUUGCCUUUAUUCCUUUUGGUGCUGGACCUAGGAUCUGUGUGGGUAUGAAGCUGGGUAUUCUAGAGAUGAAACUAGCCUUAAUCCACGUUCUGCAGAGGGUGGUUCUCACGAAGGCGACCCCAGAUAAGCUCCACAUUAUAGACUUCACAGCCAUCCUACAGCCAGCGGAACCAAUCAUGAUACACGCCACACCCCGGGAGACAGCUAGUGAGUGA